CGCGCCGCGCACGCGCACUCCAUUGUUUUGACUAAAAAAUGCCGUCGGUUUCGAAAGCUGUGCCGAGCGCUUCUCCUCAGACCGAGAAACCGUCUCACUACACAUACCUUAAGGAGUUCCGCACGGAGCAAUGCCCGCUCUUCUUGCAGCACAAGUGCGCCCAGCACAGGCCCUUCACCUGCUUCCACUGGCAUUUCCUGAACCAGCGACGGCGGAGGCCCAUCAGAAGGCGGGACGGCACCUUCAACUACAGCCCGGACGUCUAUUGCACCAAAUACGACGAGACGUCAGGGAUCUGCCCGGACGGAGACGACUGUCCAUAUCUCCAUCGAACAACCGGGGACACAGAAAGAAAGUAUCAUCUACGUUAUUAUAAGACUGGUACAUGCAUCCAUGAAACCGAUGCUCGUGGGCACUGUGUGAAAAAUGGGCUUCAUUGUGCAUUUGCACAUGGGCCACAUGAUCUUCGCCCUCCUGUUUAUGACAUAAGGGAACUCCAAGCACAAGAAGCUCUGCAGAAUGGCCAGCUCGGAGCAGGGGAAGGCCUUCCUGAUCUCCAGCCAGGUGUACUGGCUAGUCAAGCCAUGAUCGAAAAGACACUAACUGAAGAUCCGAGAUGGCAAGAAACGAACUUUGUGCUAGCAAAUUACAAGACUGAUCAGUGUAAUAAGCCACCGCGACUCUGCCGACAAGGGUAUGCUUGUCCUCAUUAUCACAACAGCAGAGACCGAAGAAGAAAUCCAAGAAAAUUUAAAUAUCGGUCAACUCCUUGUCCUAAUGUCAAACAUGGGGAUGAAUGGGGAGAACCCACAAAAUGUGAGAGUGGGGAUAAUUGUCAAUAUUGUCACUCUCGCACAGAGCAACAGUUCCAUCCAGAGAUCUACAAAUCUACAAAAUGCAACGAUAUGCGACAGACAGGAUACUGCCCUCGUGGGCCUUUCUGUGCGUUUGCACAUGUUGAACGGAUACCCUCUACUGAGGAAGUGCAGAUCAUGAAUCAGGUAGCCUCAAUGAUGCAGGCAGGAGCUGUGGCAGGUGCUCAGCCCAAGCAAGGCCCUCGGCUUUAUUCUACAGAAAGUCUUGGAUCUACAAAUGAAUGGAGCACAAGUAUUAAUCCAACCAGCAAUAAUGGACAGAUAGGAAAUGUUUCAUCAUCAAGCAGCCCUACGGUUACGUCAAGUUCAGGUAGUAACAGUUCAUUGUAUCCUGUUGGGCCACUAAGUGGAUGCAAAUAUUUUACUAACAGUAGUUUAUGUUCAGAUGCUGCAACAUCAAGUGUUUCAUCACCAACAUCUACGUAUCCAAAAGCACCGGGCUUUGAACGAGAAGAUCAGGCAAAGCAACAUAAGAGCCAAACACUAGAAAAUAACCAGAAAUUGAAUGAGCAUGAUAGUAAACAGAAUCUUUUAAAUGUAUUUUCAGUGGUAAAUCCACUAGCAAGCAGUAUAACAUCUAGUUUGGCAUCUAGUAUUGGAUCUGAUACUUCAUCUCCCUCCACUUUAUCAACAAUGAAUGCCAAAGCAGUCCCAUUUUACCCUGCUAGCAAUACAGUAGAAUCAGUAAUUGGUUCUGCUUUAGAUCUUCAUUUUGGUGACGUAAAUGUUGCAUCUCUUGAUAAAGAAUUAGAGGAUCAAGAUACUAGUGACAUAGGAUUAAAAGGUCAGAGACUAUUGGGCAGUUCGGCUCCUGUUAAUAUUCCAGGAUCUCUUGCUCGUUCUUCUUCUUUGCAUUCUUCGUCCUCCUUAUCUGCCUCUCCACUUGGUUCCCUUUCCCAAUCUUUCCUUUCAUCCAGCAUGGCUCCACAGCAACAGCAGCAAUCAAAAUCUGAGCAUACUCUCCUAGGUACUUCAGCUUCCUCGCACAGUUCCUUGGGUUUGAAUGGUGUUUCUGGAAGCAUCUGGGAUCAUUUUGUUAGUGGGAAUUUCUCUCCCAGUCCAUCCCCUGUAUUCAGUAGUAGUGCCACAACCACCACCGCUGGCUCUAGCAACAGUGAGCUCACCAGAGUGCGGAGAGAACUUGAGGAGGCAAAACGGAAGAUCAAACAGUGGGAAGACUCUUGGCAGCAAGUGAAGCAGGCAUGUGAUGCGUGGCAAAAGGAAGCUCAGGAAGCCAAAGAAAGGGCGAAAGUGGCUGAUACCGACCGGCAAGUAGUAAUACAACAGAAGGAAGAAGUGGAUAAACAGCUAAAAAAGCUUCAAGAGGAUUUCGAUGCUUUAUGUCAUUCUCCAAACUUUCCCCUUCUUAGAAACUUUGGGGACAUAGACAAGCUUCCUUUACCUAAGCUUCAUUCUAUACAAAGCCAAUUACGUGCUGAUUUGGACCUUGUAGAUGGGGUAAUAUAUCAGCUCCAGUCGAAGAAAUGCAUUGUAUGCCAGGAACGUGACCGUUCUAUAUUACUCCAGCCUUGCCAGCAUUAUGUCCUCUGUGAGCACUGUGCACCUAAUAAAAUUGAAUGUCCCUAUUGUAAAACUAAAGUAAUGAACUGGUGAUGAAUAUAUUCCAGGUACAUGGAACUAGCCUUUUGAAGAACGACUACACUAUUCUAACAAAUCAAAGCUGUAGUGCCCUCCUUCAUAUUGGAAAUAUUUAAAAUUACGCAGUGAGUACAUCCUACCCUACAAAAUACAGCGUUUGUUUCUGUAUUUAUUUACUAAUUAUUUUAAUACAUAUAAACUCUUCUCUUUUCCCUGGGAAAACUUGCAAUAUGCAUCUUGGUAACCCAGUUAUUCACAGUAACUCAUUUGGUCUUUUCUUGAGCACGUUUAGCUAUACAGUUUGCUUUAGUCUGACUGACGUGCUUUUUAGACUGUUGCUGCAUUUCCAUCACUUCUGAGUUUACAACUGGACCCUUACCGCAUGCAUUCAGAAAGAAAAAUUGAAGUAAACUCUAGGCACUUCAGAUAUCAAGUUCUAGUGUAGGAUCGACUUGCUGUGUGUUUCCAAUGAAUACUGCAUGCACAGCACUGCAGCUUUAGCAUUUUUAUGUUCUAGUAUUUUACAUAUAAAAUUUUAAAAGAAAAAAAAGACUAGGUUAUGUGAAGAGGUUUAAUUUCCUGUAAAGCACUUUGUUAACCUGGGUUUUUUUUCCGUUUAGAGGUUAUAAUAAAUUGCUUUCAAGCUGCUUUGUAGUUUUUUUCAGAAUAUGUGAUGAUAUAAAGCUUUGUAUGUGUACUGUGAAACCUAUUAAUAGAUAUUUGGUAUUCCAAUUCUUACUGUUAAAUCAUAGUAAAGUGAACAUUGUUAGAUUUCCUAUUCUAAUUAAGUACAAUUAUAAAUAUUAGUAUUGUGCAACUUGCUAGGAUUUUUACAUUUUUCAAUUUAUAAAUUAAAUGCAAACUUUUAAUGCUUAAAAGGAUAACCAGCAGCAAUUUCAUACAGGCACAUAUGCUAAACUAAGCAAACAAAUAGUCUGAAGAUAAGUUUGCUAUUUUAUAUAAUAAAAUGAACCAGUCUUUUUUUUUUUUCUCCAAAGUGAGCUGUGUUGACCAGCUUGUGGUUGGAGAUUUUGUAGCUAGCAUCAUGAAAGUUUUUAAUGAGUUGUUUAUUUUCUUCUCUGUUGGUGCAACUCCUAGCCUUGUAAGUAUUUUAAAUGAUUAUCUAAUUUCUGGCCACUGUUACCAAGUGCCUUCUGCCUUGCCUAAAUCUAAAUUGCAAUGACAACUUUUGUCAGACAGGCAAAGGUACUUUGAUGUGAGAUCUUUGCACUGAUUAUAUAUACACAUGCGCGCACACACACACACACACUUUAAAUAUAUAAUUAAUGCGAAAAUACAGAACACCUUUCUCUUAACUGAAAAGAGGUAAGGUGCAUAAAAUUCAGGAUGAAACCAUACUGAUAUAGUGGAUGUUUUGAAAUUUCCACCACUUCUUGUUCUGUGAUUUUUGAGUAUACUGUUACUGGAGGGCUAACCAUGUCCUCUCCUUUACAUUGGUCACUUGAUUGAACAGCAUUGUUUGUACGUUAUAAUUAAGAAUGAAAAAACUGACCUAUUACUGUGUUGAUUUAAAUUAUUUGUCGUCAUUUCUUGUCAUUCUGUAUUAGAAGUCCAUUGAUAAUAUUGCCAACAAAGUGUUGAAAUGCCGAUCAGCGAUGUUCACAGAAACUAGUGUAGUUGAGUGAAUGGAUCAUGAAAUGCCGUCAUUCAUGAAUUGUGUACAGAUCUCUGUAUUUUUAAAAUCUGGUUUGCCUUGGGACGUGAGUAUUGCUAAGCGCCACAUGCAAAUGGUGAGAAGUCCUCUCCGUGCUGGAAUAUCCUUGCGACAUAACCUAGGGAGUGCCAUAAAAAAUUGAUAAAGUCCAGUUCUGAGUAGAAGCGAAUGGUUAUAGUCUUGAAAACUAAUGUCACAACCAAUCUUAUUUAAACUUGCACCAGAUCAGCUUGCUGGCUUAAAAGAAAUUCAAACUAAGGCAGGAGCUGAAAACAAUUUUUAAUAAUGUUAACAUAACAUGUAAUCAACACAACUUUAAUUCUCAUUUGUCUAUUAUAUAAUUAUGGCUUUAUGCAAAAAUCUUUAAUUUAUGUGAAUAUCAAUUGUAUUUUAAAUAUUGAAUUAACAUACCCAGGGGGGAAAAAAACCUUAAAAGCAGUCCGAAUUAAUUAUUUAAAUGUAAAACAAAGAACUGAAGAUGCUGGUUUAUACAAAAGAUAGACAAAAAGUGCUGGAAUAACUCAGCUGGUCAAGCAGCAUCUCUGGAAUAAAAGGAUGGGUGACAUUUCAGAUUGGUGCCCUUCUUCUGACUAUGGAACUGAUUAGAGAAUUAAGCGUUCAUACCUCUGGGUUAUUGGUAUCUCAAGCAAAUUUUGCUUGAGUAGCUUAUAACCCAGUGGUAUGAAAGUUGAAUUCUCUCAUUUUAAGUAACUUCUACCUUCUCUCCCCCCCCCCCCCCCCCCCUUCCUUCACCCUAGUUGUUUAACCAGUUCAACGGUUCACCAUAUUGUAUCCCUCUUGAGAUCACGCCUUCCAUGGCCAACAGUGGCCUACCAGGCACCACCCUGCUUGAGGUCAUUUGUGGCCGAUUUCCAGUUCUUCAUCACCCCACCCCCUAGUUUCAUUCUGAAGAAGGCUCCGACCCAAAACGUCACCCAUUCCUUUUCUCCAGAGAUGCUGCCUGACCCGCUGAGUUACUCCAACACUUUGUGUCUAUCUUAAUUUAAAUGUUCCUUUUUGGACUUAAGUUUACAAUUCUCUAUCAAGGGUGGGUAUAUUGUUGAUAGUCUAGUGACCUAACUCUGUAUAGUACUUUGAACUAAAUGCAGUGGUUCAAGACCAAUUUCAUAGCACAUGAAACACACUGCCAUUAACCUUUCAGUGCAUUUGUAUGGAUGCAGUAAACCAAGCAAAUUGUGCUCUGGUACACUAGAUUUGGAGACUGUUUUCAUCGUGUCAUUUAACUCGGGUUUGAAUGUAUAUCCCUGAACAAAUUUUGUAUGCACAUCAAUGUUAACGUUCCAACUAAUGGGAAAUGCAUCUCGGGUAAUACAAAUUUACCAUGUGAAAUUCAUUUAAAAUACCCAUCUACCUAAACCUCAACCCCUCUACAAGCUCUAGAAGACAGGUAUUGGCUAUUGCUGGGCUAUGUGCACAAACCAAACAAGCACUUGGCACUUUGGUGAAGUGUUAUAAUGGACUUCUGGAUCACACGUAGUCUUUGCCAAAGAACUUUUCUGUAUAGCAAUUUAUUAUCUGUAGUUUUAACAUGUAUAUACUAAACGGUAGCUCGUUCUAGGCAGAAUUGCUGAAACAGUGACCAAAAUUAGAAAUUUUAAUUCUGUAUCGUGUUAUCAAUAAGGGAAAAAAGAUUCCACUUUUUGUAUUAAAAUGAAGCUUAUCACAUGAAAUGCUCUUUGAUCACAGACUGCUAACAUUUCUUUAAAAAGAAUGUAGAUUGUGUGGAGUCCUGCGAAUACAAGUUGUAUUUGGGGAAAUAUAGCAACUUCACAGAAGCAGUUCAGAAUUUGACGUUUACUUUCAUCUAUUCAAGAUUAUUGUGAAGAAAAAUUUUGCUUGGUAUUUUUUUUUUCCAAAAGAAAUAGUGGCCAUACGCAUCAAUGCUUAAUUAAAUUGCUUAUAAGAAUUUUGUAGGUUUUUUGUAUUGAUACAUGUUAAUGGUUAAGCCUAUUACAUAUUAAUGCUUGUGCACUACUGUUGGCAUUCAUGAGGAACUAUGUAACUAAACUCGUUCAUUACUGCAUGAACUGUACUCUGCCAUCAUUGCGAUGAGAAAACAAUGAUGUUGAAAAACAAACCCCAUUUAUUAUCACUUUGUGGCUGGAUAUCCACCAUUGAUGAUGCGUAGUGUCCAUUGCAUAUUUGAAUUCAUUCACUUUUGACAAACAUAACAAUUGGGCCAGAAUCUAGUAAGUGGAAGGCAAAAUGAGAGCUAAUAUAAAUCAGUAUUAAGAAUUAAUGUCACGUUAGAAUAAGAUUAUCAAUUAAGUCUAAAAUUGAGACGCCAAUUCCUUAACGGCCUUCUCAAAAUACAUCCAUUAGCUGCCUUUGCCAAAGACCAGUAAAGAUAACAGGAAUGCCAGACUACUUGGUUUUAUUGUUUUUGCCCUCCGUCACUUCAAUCUUGUAGGUCAAUUUUGCCACAUAUGACAAUGUUAUGCAUAAAGCCCAAUCGAUUUGCUUAAAAUUCCUAAGUGGAAUAUUUUGCAAACCUAUGUUUCAAAGUUAUGUCAACAGCCCGAACUUGCACUAUCACCCAGAUGCUGUACACAUUUUCAUGAUAUAGUGAGUGGUCUGUUCUAGUUGAAUUCUUGUCCGACCAGCUAUCGAUGUCAAAUCUAACUUUGCAUUUUCUGUUCUUUGCAUCCAUGUCAGAUUUGUACCAAAACUUGUGCAUUACUGCAGCAAUGAACAGUUUAAUCACAUUCUAAAUCUACAGAGCACAUGGGGAUCAACCAAGCAGAAUUCAUUUCUAUAUCCGUUUCUUUCUUCCUAAUCACUGUCAAAGCUAUAAAUGACAAAAUAUUUUACAGUAUUUCGAAUCAAAGGAGAUGUAUUCAGCAGAAACAAAAUAGUGUGGAGGUGUUGGUCCGAAAAGUGCCCAUUUGUCCCUUUCUUCUUCCCCCCCCCCCCCCCCCCCCCCAUUUAUUCUCUGCAAGAAAGGGACUAAACUGGGGCAGGGACCUAGACAGCUCCAUUAGGUUUGGGAGAUAUCAAGUGAUCCGAGACGGUGAAAGAGUAUAAACUACUGCCUCACAACACCAGCUGACCACUUGCCCUAUUGUUAACCCCACUACUUAGCACUAUUGUUACUUCUGUGUAAGUGAGAACCAAAUGACUUCCCAUUAAAGCAAAAUUGAAAAUCCAAAGUUACAGUUGCAAAACAUUUAAUCAGAAACAUGAAACUUUGGAACAAAUAAUACAGUGAACUAGUGUUCAAGUCUUUUUCUUAGCUCCAUGUUGAUAGUGAAACGUAAUUGUACAUACUAAAUGUAAAUUUUCUCUUGCCUGCACACUAUACUAGAUGUUAAAUGUGAAGUAUGCACAGAAAUAACCCAUGGAAUAAAUUGUUUGCAUUAAUGGUGCCAAAUUGAUGGGGAAGUGUAAAUGAUCAACAAAGAGCAUUUUGAAAGUAACUUAGUGCCAAAACUGCCUUAAGAGCCACUCAACCAUUUAAUGCCGAAUUAAGAUGCCCCCUUCCCUAAGAAACCAAUUAUAUUUAAAACAUUGUCUCAACAAUGUCACAACAAUAUUUUGAAUUAAAAAAAUAUCUGAACGUUGUCUGCUGUCCUCUAUAUUGAAUGGACUAAAGUAGAAUUUUAGGUUCAGUCAUUCAAGACCAGGAAGGUGGUACAGUUGCAUGCAGUGUGGUAACGAACGAAUUGCUGAAAUUCCCAUAGUGAGUAGCUUGUCAUUUGUUGUACAACGGUUGAAAUUAAUCUGUCCCAGGCAUGUGAAGUCACUGAAUGUGUGUUGGUAUACAAACUUAUUUCCCCAUAAAACGGUUAACUGUAGUGUGCAAUGUUUCCAAAAUAAAUUAGCAUUCUGCACCAGCAUGACAUAUUUCAAGAGUUGUGAAGUGCAAGGAUAUGUACCAAAUGCUUAGAAGGUAGGAUUAGGUGAGGCCACACUGUACAAUUACCACAAUCAUGAUGGGCUGCAUUACCAACUAUUUUACGAUUGUUUUUAAAUUAUAACAAUCUACAAGUAUAUUUAGUUCAGUGGGAUCUCGGAUGGUUGAUGUGAUUUACCAGCUGUAUUUCUUCAAGCGGGCUAAUUUCGUUUUAUUGAGACAGGAAGGAUAAAGUUAAUUCCCAAUUAUAUUCCGUGCCAUUGCCUUUAUUUGAUACUUCUCUUCCCUCUUCGUACUUGGAGCUUUUGCUACUGGUUAAUUAUCUGUUAAGAGGAUGAGAUUAGUGCAGUUCCUUCACAUUGAUUACAUCCCUUGAAGAAUUCAUUAGCUGUGCUCACAGACUUUCCUGUCAGCCCCCAGCAGAAGUGCUGCAAUUCAGUAUGUGAAUAUGCUUGUAUCCUCCCUAUGAGUGAUAUGCUUUGUUGCUCCUCAGUAAUUGUGUUUUAAGGCUCACUUAUGGUAACACAUGCUUCAGUACAGACAUAAUUUGCUGCCAUUCAAUAAAAGUAUUACAUUCUGUGGCUGUUGCAGUAAUAAUAACUAUUUUCUGCAGGGUUUGCAAAAUGAUUUAAAUUGUUAUAUCUAAUCAAGAAUACAAAUUUUAAUGUGCUCGGCUUUGAUUUAUACAAAAAUAAAUGAUUAUGGACAAAAAUAGUGAAUCAAUAAUAAAUAGUGAACAUUUUAAUUUUGUAUUACUUUACCCUAGAAAUUUUAAUUUUUAACUGCCGGAAUUUUUCAUUGAAAGAAAUUGGAUUUGGUGUAUGAUAGCCCAUAAUUGUCAUAUGGCAGAUGUAGUGAGAUGGCCAAUGACAGAGCCUGAGACUAGCCAUCUUGGACCUGACAGUAAUAAUGCAUUGAAGUAAAUGUAUGGAGUAAAAGUGAUUUCAGUCUUAAGAUCAUCAUUUUACAGCAACAUUUUAAUUUCUGAGUGGGAUUAGUUUCUAUGUGAACACACUUUCAGAAUCUUUAUAUGCAAGUUCCUCAGCCUGGGAAGAGCAAUGAAAUGGGAGGGAGGAAACUCAUUUUCUCAGGGUUUAAGGAACAAUCUGUAAACCAUUCUGUAGCUGUCAAGCUGCAAUUUUAGAUCUGUUUAUUUUGUAAGCACUUUGAAUGGGAAUAAUAUGCCAUGAAUAACAGGCAUGAUGGGCUGUUAAAAAAUCCAGCAAGUGGGUAGUUGUGCCAGUUUUUGUGCACAUCACCACUUAAUAGAAAAUGAAAUACCCAAUUAGCCCCUUCCAUUUAUACCCCAAUCAUAAAUAAUUGUAUACGUCUCUUGCAGCAUUUUUGUUUAAAUCAAGAGGGCAUACAAGACUGACCAGUCUCGAACUUCUUUACACGGGUAGCAUACAGCUAAACCAGUGAAUAGUUACUUUGUAUCUGUACAAAUAAUUAAUUCAGCCAUCGUGUUCUGGAAUUUUGACAUUCGAGAAAAUCGUAAGGUGCAAGAAUUCAGUGACAUUACUGGCAAAAAUGUAGUAACAUAUCCCUGACUCUGUGAUUUAUGUAUUGAUGUGGAAUAGCUCAUAUCUUAACUAGUGUCUAAAUAUUACUGAAAUAUUGUCUUGGUAUAUUAAUUUUUGUGGUCAAAGCAAGACCUUAAUUGAAUAUUAUGGGAAUUUUUUUCAUUUUGUGUAUUAAUUUAUGGAAGCCUGUUGUAUGCGGUCUAGGUGAGUGUACACAAACAAUGGCGAUCUGAAUGGAAUGUUCUUAUAUAAGGUAUUUAUAAAUGCAUAAUCAUUUUACUCUAGUUCAUUGUUUAAAUUGUUAACACUUGUUAAGAUUUUUACACUAUAGCAUUUAUGCAGUGGUUUACAGAAUUCAUGGAAUUAUUUUUAUUAUCAAUAUGGGAAUUAAAAUAAUUUUUGAUCCUCAAA